AUGCCAAACUGGAUUCAUCAGAGACGAAAUGAGACGGCCAAUAACACAGCAUCAACAAGCCAUUCGACUAUGCCGAACACCCCACUGAUGCAGAGCUUAGCAGCUCGUAUACGGCACCAGCCUGGGGGGAAUACGGCGCCCAUUGUCCGCUCAGAGAAGGGCCAAUUGCCCAUGCUACACGUACCUCAUACAUUCCAAAAUAACUUUGUUGCGGUAGUGGGAGAAUUUGUCGGAACUUUUAUGUUCCUCUUCUUCGCAUUUGCUGGUGGUCAGGUCUCUAAUACUCCUAAGCCGGCUGAAGGAGCGCCACCAAAUACCUCGAAUCUACUCUAUCUGUCACUGUCUUUCGGGUUUUCCCUCCUUGUAAAUGUUUGGACGUUUUACCGCGUCACGGGUGGUUUAUUCAAUCCAGUGGUCACAUUGGCUCUCUGCCUCUGUGGAGGCAUGCAUCCUGUUCGGGGUGUAUUGGUCUUCGGUUCUCAAAUAGUGGCGGGGAUUGCAUCAGCAGGUGUCGUCAGUUGCUUAUUCCCAGGUCCUCUGGCCGUUCAGACCAGGCUGGGCGGUGGCACCUCGAUCUCCCAGGGCCUUUUUAUUGAAAUGUUCCUAACGGCUCAUCUGGUAUUUGUCGUUAUUAUGUUGGCUGUGGUCAAGCAAAAGUCAACAUUUCUGGCUCCUGUUGGAAUUGGCCUCGUCCUCUUUGUAAACCAAUUAGUCGGGACCUACUAUACCGGCUGUGCUCUUAACCCUGCCCGUGCCCUUGGCCCUGAUGUGAUCAACCGCAGCUUCCCAGGAUACCACUGGAUCUACUGGGUAGGACCAUUGCUAGGGUCUCUCCUUGCAUGUGGAUUUUAUGGUUUCCUCAGCAUAUUCCACUAUGAGACGGUUAACCCGGGCCAGGAUUUUAACCAGUGGGAGGCCGCUGCAGGCCCCGGUCCGUGGCAUGAAGUGAUGGAUCGACACGAUAGUGAGCCAAAGUCACCACACUUACCAAGCAAUGGGUCGACCCUUAAUUCAACCAAUGCUGCGGAUGCUGAAAGCAACUGUUGA